AUGAACAGAAAGUGCUGUAAUGCAGAGCGGUUGACGUUCCGGGACGUAAAGUCGCCGCAGGAGUUCCGUCACGGGGAGACCGCAGAGGUGGUGUGUGACGUCAUCAGCUCCCCGGUCCCCGCCGUGGUGUGGUACUACCAGGAGCGAGAGAUCACCGAGGAGCCCCAUAGCAGGUACAUGGUGCUGCCCAAUAACAACCUUCAAAUCCAUCAAGUGACCAAAGCCGACGAAGGAGUGUACCGUUGCGAGGCCAGCGUGGAGGCGAGGGGAGAGAUCGACUUUGUGGACAUAGCUGUCGUCGUCAACGUGCCUCCGGUGUUGUCCGUUUUCCAGCAGUCGUUCAACGCCACGGCCGACUACCAGGAGUCAGUCACGUUCACCUGCAUCACGUCUGGAUCCCCUGACCCUCUGGUGACGUGGCACAGAAAAGGUCAGCAGCUGGAACCCUCAGAGCAGUACAUUCUGAGUCGACUGGAAGGCGGCCGGAGCAUGCUAACCAUCAGGAAUAUUCGACAGAUGGACGGAGGGACCUACUCCUGCCGGGCCACCAACAAAGCAGGGGUCCAGGAGAGGGAGAUGUUUCUCAAAGUGUUUGUCCAGCCCCACAUCAUCCAGCUGAAGAACGUGACGGCGGUGGAGGGCAGCGCCGCCAUGAUCUCGUGCCUGGCCGAGGGAGAGCCGCUGCCCGAAGUGUCCUGGAGGAGAGCCAGCGACGGACAGACCUUCAUGGACGGCCUCAGGAGCGCGGACAGCCGAGUGGAGGUCCGAGGGCGCCACGGUAAAUCAGAGCUCACCAUCAGCGGAGUGAAGCUGUCUGACCUGGGCCGCUUCGACUGCGAGGCCCUGAGCAGGAUCGGGGGCCAUCAGAAGAGCAUGUUCCUGGAUAUCGAGUACAUCCCUAAGUUCCUGACCAACCACACGGUGUACUUCUCGUGGGAAGGGAACCCGGUGAACAUCAGCUGUGACGUCAUGUCCAACCCCCCGGCGACCAUGCUGUGGAGACGAGAGCGCUUCACCAUCUCCGCCGAGGGGUCGCACAACACACACAUCCACAGUGCCCAGGGCAAGUCUGUGCUCGAGGUGACUCCGAUGUCCGACCGGGACUUUGGCCGCUACAACUGCACAGCUCGCAACAACAUUGGAGUCCGAUACCAGGAAUUCAUUUUGGCACAAGCAGACGUGCCUUCGAACCCUCACUCCGUGCGGCUGUCGGCGGUGUCCCAGCGUCUGGCCACAGUGACCUUCAUGACCCCAGACUCUCACGGAGGAGUCCCCAUCAGCUACUACCUGGUGCAGUACAGAGAGGCAGGCUCCCAGGACUGGAGGGACGUGCGGUCACACAGUGUCCAGACGACGGUGGUGCUGACGGGACUGGAGCCCAACACCACGUACGAGGUGCGGGUGGCAGCGGUGAACGGGAAAGGCCAGGGCGAGUUCAGCCACAUGGAGAGCUUCCAGACCCUGCCCAUCAGAGAGCCCAGUCCUCCCGCGGUGCACGGCCAGAGGGGCAUGGGCAAGACCUACCGGCUGGGGCUGGUCAAGCAGGACGACGGGGGCAUGCCCAUAGUGGAGUACAUCGUCAAGUAUAAAACAGACAAGGAAGAGCAGUGGAUGACGAAGCUAGUUCCCGGCGCCAACGACUUCGCCAUGCUCCAGCCGCUGCAGUGGAACACCAGAUACGAGGUGGAGAUCACGGCGAGAAACGUCAAAGGACUGUCGGAACCAACCUUCUACCAGUUCUUCAUGCCGCAGAAGCCGGAUAUCACAGCUUUGUAA